CACUGUACCAAAAACAACAUUGUGGUUUGAAGAUAAACAGGGAUGCGACUCUAAUUUUCUCGAUCAGAAGGCGGAUUAAACAGCGAGUGGAUCAACAGUAUGAAAGCCAACAACACGUUUACCCAGGGCCAAGCAAGAUUGUGAUGAGGCAGUUUAUCGAUUAUGGUUUCAACAACAAAGGCCGGAAGGUUUCUGCAUUGCUCGUAUUGACCGUGGUGGAGCGUUUGCUGCUUGUAGAGGCUAUGAUUUCGGAAACGAGACAGGACAUACAAGCCAAAAUAAUGCUGGAAAGCCAGGGUAGGCCAAUAUUUCCAGUGACUGUAUCGACGAGGGAUGAACUUUAUGCAAUGAUGAUGCAGACGCUCUGUUCGCCGCAAGAUGCAGCUGACCCUGUGAUACAGGACGAGCAGCAAGCUAGGAAGCAGGUUUACUCCAUGGUAGCUCGAUACAUGCAGUGUUUGCGAUUUUGUUGCAUUCGAGUUCGUCGGGGAAGAUUAUCCUGUUUGCAAGCAAGACGGUUUUUGGAACAUGCGAAGAAACUAUUCCAGAAAAACUGCUGA